CCAUACUGUCUUUCAUACUAGUACUUCCACAGAACACUCACCACACAACACAUAAACAUCUCAGCCGGCUAGCUAGCGCUCAGGACCACCCCGAACGUCGGCGGACAUGGAGGCCGCUAUCGGUGCAGCGAACUGGCUUGUCGGCAAGUUGCUGAAUAAGCUCUCCGAUGAGUUGGUGGCCGCGUAUGUGGCCAGCUCCGAGCUCGGCCUCAACUCCGAGCAAAUCAAAACAAGGCUCAAGUACAUGCAAGGGCUGCUGCAUGCAGCGCAGGACAGGGAUGUGAGCAGCAACCCUGGCCUGCAGAGCUUGCUCGAGGACCUGAGCAAAAAGGCUGAUGAGGCUGAGGACGCACUGGACGAGCUCCACUACUUCAUGAUCCAGGACCAGUUGGACGGCACCCAGGAGGCCGCCCCGGAGCUGGGUGAUGGUCUCCAUGGUCUUGCUCUCCAUGGUCGCCAUGCUGCUCGCCAUACCAUCGGUAACUGGCUUCCAUGCUUUUCUUGCUCACGUACUCAAGAUGAUGUUCCUUCUCUUCCUGAUGCCAUCAAUAACACACACGACGCAACCAAGUCUGAGAGUGGUAAUGAUGGUGGCCAUGUUGAUAAGUUGUCUUUUGAUAGAGUAGCUAUGUCCAACAAAAUCAAGACAGUAAUGGAGGAAAUGAACUCCAUAUGUGGACCCGUCUCUGACUUGCUCAAAAUUGAAAACCAUAGUAGCACCGCAACAAGCACAACUGGCACCCCAAAAAGGCCUCCCACAGGUUCAGUAGUUUCACAAGAUAAAUUGUACGGAAGAAGAGCCAUCUUUGAGCAAACUGUAAGUGCGCUCACUGGUAGCACAUAUCUUGAUGAAAACCUUUCUAUUCUGCCUUUUGUUGGCCCUGGGGGUAUGGGAAAGACAACCUUCACCCAACACUUGUAUAAUGAUAAAAGGAUCGAGGGAUGCUUCACAGUUAGGGUCUGGGUAUGUGUCUCAACUGAUUUUGAUGUGCUCAAUCUCACUCGACAGAUCCUUAGAUGCAUACCUGCAAUUGAAAGAGAAGAACACAAAUGUACUGUUGAGACUGCCAAUUUAGACCAGCUUCAAAAAUCCAUUGCAGAGAGGCUGAAGUCCAAAAGGUUUUUAGUUGUCUUGGAUGACAUUUGGAAAUGCAAUACUGAAAGUGAUUGGAAGAACCUAUUAGCUCCAUUCACAAAGGGGGAAACCAAGGGUAGCAUGGUUCUCGUCACAACUCGGUUUCCAUUUAUAGCUCAAAUGGUGAAAACAACUGAUCCAGUAGAACUGCAUGGUUUGGAACCUAAUGAAUUCUUCAAAUUCUUUGAAACAUGUAUAUUUGGUCUUAGCAAACCUGGGCAUUAUGAAGAUGACUUAAUUGAUGUUGCAAGAGAUAUUGCAAAUAAACUAAAGGGUUCACCACUAGCAGCCAACACAGUUGGUCGGUUAUUGAAGAAAAACCAUUCUCGGGAAUAUUGGCUGGGAGUUCUUGAAAAGAAUGAGUGGAAAAAUGCAAAAGAUUAUGAUGAUAUUAUGCCUUGUUUGAAAAUUAGUUAUGAUUACCUUCCUUUCCUUCUAAAAAAAUGUUUUUCAUAUUUUUCUCUCUUCCCCGAAGAUUAUGUGUUUUACAAUUUAGAAAUUACUAGCUUUUGGAUCGCGAUUGGUAUCUUAGACUCUAGUUGUCAAGAGAAUAAUAAUUACUUAGAAGAACUAGUGGACAAUGGUUUUCUCAUAAAGGGAGUUGAUAGGUCUAAUGUUCAAUACUAUGUGAUGCAUGAUUUAUUGCAUGAACUAUCCCGGAGUGUUUCAUCACAAGAAUGUGUCAAUAUAAGUAGUUUAAGUUUCAGUUUUGAUGAUAUCCCACGAUCUGUUAAACACUUGUCGAUCACCAUAGAGAAAAUAUAUGAUGAAAGUUUUGGGGAGGAAAUAGGUAAAUUGAAGCGCAUGAUAGACGUUUCAAGUUUACGUUCUUUGAUGAUUUUUGGAUUACAUGGUGCAACAAUAGCUAAUAUUUUAAAAUAUACAUUUGAAGAAAUAAAGGGUCUCCGGGUUCUAAUUAUAGCAAUGAACACUCUAGAAUCUUUGACGAACUAUUUUUCGAACCUUUUUCACCUCCAAUUCUUUAAAAUUAGAUCACCUUAUCCCUUGAAAGAAAUAACUUUACCUAGCACAUUGUCUAGAUUGUACCACUUGAAAUUUCUGGACCUCAAUCACUGGAGUGGUAGUGAAAAGUUGCCUAAAGACGUUAGCCGCCUUGUGAAUUUACGACAUUUUCUUUCUUCCAAAGAACUCCAUUCCAAUAUUCCUGAGGUUGGAAAGAUGAAGUGUUUACAUGAGCUAAAAGAGUUCAAUGUUAAGAAAGAGGGUGUUGGAUUUGAAAUGAAAGAGUUGGGGGAGUUGAGAGAGCUCGGGGGUAAACUCACAAUAUGCAAUCUUGAAAAUGUGGCAUCCAAGGGAGAAGCUAGUGAAGCCAAACUGAGGAACAAAAGAAAUCUGAAAGAGUUGAGAUUAGUAUGGGGUACAAAGCACCAGACUGUAGAUGAUGAUGUUCUUGAUGGUCUUCAACCAGAUGCUAAUCUUAGGGUGCUUGGCAUUAUAAAUCCCGGUGUUGGUCCAUGUCCUAGAUGGUUGUGUGCUGAUAUUAUUAGCACAAAAAGGUUGGAGUCCCUUCAUCUAGAAGGUCUUUCUUGGUGUCCUCUUCCAGCUUUUGAGCAGUUACCACACCUCAGCAGACUCACUUUGAAGAAUGUUGCUGGGAUGACUGUGUUUGGGCCUGGCUUUAGUGGUGUUACCGAAAGUAGCUUCAUGCACUUGAAGACACUUGAAUUUGAGGAUAUGCCAGAGCUUCAGAAGUGGGUCCGGGAACCUAAUAGUCGUCUAUUUUCAAGGCUUGAAAGCAUCAAACUUGGAGGUUGUCCCCUUCUCCCUUUUUUUCCCUUCUUGGAGAGCUCUGACCUAUUUACCAACCUGUGUAGUCUUCAUAUUGAUAACUGUCCCGUGUUGUCUCACUUCCCACCAAUGCCUCACGCCUCCACACUAACAGAUAUUCGUGUGAAAAAUGGUGGGUCGGAGCUAUUAUAUGAUGGUAAGGAAUUGAUAAUUGAAGGGUAUGCCGGUGCUUUGGCCUUCCACAAUAUGGAUAAAGUAGAGGUUAUGAAAAUUAAGGAUGUGUCACACAUUUCGUUUUCAGACCUCCAAUUACUAAAUUCGUUGCGAAGUAUACAUUUCAAGAAAUGCGACGACAUGUUUUCUGCAGAAAUGGCUGACAGUGUUGUCCUCCCUUCAGUUCAGAAUCUUGGCAUAGAGAAAUUAUGUAUUACUGGAGAAUUAUUUUCAAAGAUUUUGAGGUGUUUCUCGGCCCUUUCCCAGCUUACAAUCAAAAAGUGUGAGAGCCUUGAACUUUUGUAUGUGGAUGAUGGAGGACUCUCGGGCCUCAAGAUGCUCCAAUCAUUUACAGGAUUCAAUUGUGGGAACCUGUUCUCUCGGUGGCCCAUGGGCGAAGUAGGUGGAGGAGCUCAUGCCAUCAAGCCUUUCCCUACUUCCCUCAGGGAGCUUGAUAUUUUCUUAGAGUCAAGCAUGAAGUCAAUGGGACUGCUCUCAAACCUCACAUCUCUCACUAGUCUAAAACUGCUCGCUUGUUAUGAAUUAACAAUGGAUGGGUUUAAUCCUCUCAUCACAGUAAACCUCAAGAAAUUGACCGUAUAUGAUAUGCAUCCAGAAGAAGAUAACAUCUCUAUAGCAGGGGAUCUGCUCUCAGAGAUUGCAAGGAGCAACUUUAUGAAUGCAGGUUCAUUUCAGUUGGAAGAAUUUGUGGUGGAUAGCAUCUCGGCAGUGCUUACUGCUCCCAUUUGCAGACAUCUUGCUGCUAGCCUCCACACAUUGAAGUUCAGUUCUGAUCAAAGGGCGAUGACCUUCACGGAAGAGCAAGAGCAAGCACUUCAGCUUCUCAGCUCCUUCCAACAUCUAGAAUUUCAUGAUUGCAACAAUCUGCAGUCCCUCCCUAAAGUGCUAUGUGGCCUUUCUUCUCUCAAGAGACUAACGAUCUGGGGUUGUGAGAAAAUCCUUUCCCUGCCGCCCGAGGAGGGCCUCCCCGCUUCACUGGAAAUCCUAGAAGUAAUGUAUUGUAGUCCUGAGGUAAUUGAGCAGGCCGAGAAAUUGGCAGAAAGGGACCCAUGGUUUUCGGUAGAAAUAUAUGAGUAGCAGAGUCGUAAAUGUAUCUCUUCUCUGCAUCUCUCUCGACCAUGGAUGGUCGCACAAUCGCAAUGAGCUGAUCGUGGUGGCAAAGGGCCAGAGUGGCAGCUGCAGGGUCAAGGAGAGGACCUUGAUUUGGCAUCAUCCUUAUCAUCAUCUUAUUCCUCAGCUGACAAGUGAGCAACAGGAAUCCCUUGCUCUCCUGUGCCUUAAAUGUAUUGAUAAUCUUCUUCAGACUUUUGGAUAGACUUCUUAAGAAACAUGAAACAACACUUUUGAUGGUAGCUCUCUGACAAUUUCAACGUAGAACAAUAUCAAUUGAAAAAGAAGGAACAUCCUGAGCGUAUAGGUAUGUUCUUGUGACACAUAUUAUGUGGCAUUUGUUCUUCAUCAGUCCAUUUGUAAUAUCAAGUAAAAAAAGGAGGUUCUAUACUUGACUUACAUGGGCCAUUUGCCAAUUCAUUUGUGCACCCAUUGGCCAUUGGUCAGUACAAGUAUCAAAACAUGUAUUCUGAAGCUUAAGACAUGGUAUCCUAUUCCGUGUCAAGACUCGGGACAGAUGACGGUGCAUAUUCUAUGGAACAAUUGCGAAAGCUCUUCCAUCCAAGAAAUAACAGCAAUGGAGAAGAAUUACUGAAGCAGCAACUCCAGAAAGGUUUUCCGCCAACUGUGAUCCCUAUUGUCGAAGGCAAACCUGAAGGAAGUCAUGAUUCAAAGAGUUAUCAAGAUGAAUUCAUGGAUGCUCCUGACGAUAGCUAGGAUAAUCUGAUUCAUGGAGCAUGUGCGAUGGGAAUUCGUCCAGUUCACCGUGAAGUAAAACAAAUUCAUAAGUAGGAGGAACAGCCAUCCAAACAUGUACUGUUGUGAAGCCUAAAUUAGUGGUACCCUAUUCCGCGUCCAGGACUCCAGGAUCGUUGCUGGAGAGUACAAAUAAUUGUAUGUGCAUACAACAAUUCCCCAACGCCAAGGCCAGGCACCAAGCCGUGGUGUCCCACUCCCCAACGACGCGCUUCACACGGCCCUCCAGUUCCUCACUGCCAUGCUGCGCUCCACGGGGUGGCUUUUGAUGGCACUUGCUCGAUGGAUGCUAACCUCAUCAUCUGCCUCUGCGGAGCAGCAACUGCUUCUAUGUGUACGGCUCCCUCGAUGUCCAGCGCAUCAUGUGCCUCUCGUGCGUUCGCCCGGUCGCCAGCUCUGUCCUCCGCCUACUCCGUCUCCUACACCGAUGCCAACAACCUCGCCAUCUUCGACUCCAGCACCUUGUGGCCCCAUAUCGCCGGCGUAAUUUAUGGCCAACACCGAGCGGCCCAUCCAUCUCCUUGGAGUGGUCAUCCUCUGCGCCCUGGUUAUGGCACAUGGAACAUGGAUCAUCACUUUGCAUGUAAAAGAAGGCACGACGGUUCAUCGUGUAUAGAUACUAAAUAUAUACUCCCUCAGUCUUAAAAAUGUCUUGCAUUUUGAGACAGUGGGGUUAUUAUGUAUGUGACACCGAGACACCAGAAAAUGUUUAGAUCGUGUUUACAACACCAAUGACAUCAAGGAAUGUGUCUUGUUUGACCA